AAAUAGUAAACAAAACUCAUUCCUCUUUCUCUUCUUCGAUUCGAUUCGAUUCUUCAUUCCGACGAAAAAAACCCUAAGUAGUCUCCUGCAGACUCCAUAAUCCUCCAGCGAGAAGAAAAUCUGUAACCAAGAGAUUUCUUUCUCUAUAUAUAUCUCCUCGUUGGGUAAGGUCUAUUGAAAUCACAUCUCACAGGUCUCAAUGUCGUGGAGGAUUCUGCAUAAUCACUAGGCUUCUAACCUUCUCAAACCGAUGCUCAUAUUCUCUUCCUUGUCUAUGGCGUUUACUCUGAUCUCUCAAAAGCUCCGCGUCUUUGGCCCUGUCCUGAAUCCUUCUUUCCCUUACUGCAUCGCCAAUCACUCCUCUGCCUCCCGUUAAUUUCAGUUUCUCUGGGUUGCAUUAGUCUUGCCUCCUCCUUCAUUGUCUACUCUUGAUAUUGUUUUUGUUACCUGCUUUAGACAUUCCUUGUGUGCUGGCUGCUGAGUGAGUCUCCUGGAACUACUUGCAAAGCUUCAUCCUCUACUUUAGCCGAAGCUCAGUCCUACAAUGAUCCAAGACCAGCCGGUGGUUGUAUUCUCUCUCCGGCGCAACUCUUUCAGACGCCGAUCCUCCAUAACCAACCUCGACGACAGAGGCUGGACUCCGCUCCACAUCAAAGCUCGAAAAGGCGAUUUGAAAGCCGUCAAGCAGCUGCUCGACCAAGGGUUUGAUGUUAACGCUCUAGCGUGGGGACCUAAAUCGAAAGGAGUGUCUCCGCUUCACCUUGCUGCAGAGGGGGGUCACAUUGAAGUCAUGGAUCUGCUUCUCGAGCGUGGGGCUAACAUUGAUGCGAGGACAUGGGGCUCCUGCGGGUGGACUCCUCUCCAUGCAGCGGCUAAAGAGCGGAAGAGAGAAGCUGUGAAGUUUCUGGUGGAGAAUGGAGCUUUCUUGCCGGAUGAUAUAAGUGAUACUAGGUUUAAUCCGCCGGUGCAUUACUGCCACGGGCUGGAGUGGGCGUACGAGGAGAUGAAGAGGCUUAACAGCGAGUCUUCUUCUUCUGGUGGAGACACAUCUUCCAGUUCGGAGAACUGAGUUCUUGUUGCUCUGUUUUUUUCUCAGGUCUUAUCGUUUGAGAAACUGUCUGAAAUCAGAAACAUAUUAUGGUUUGUCAUAACUCAGAAUUUUAUGGUUUGUGUUUUGGUUUGAAAUUACUAUAUAUGAAACUGCUGGUAUGCCGCAUAAUAAAAUUGCUAUAUGUAUUGGUUUUGAUAAA